UCCAUACAUUUUGUAAAAUUAUUACAGAAAUGUAUUCCUGCUUGACCGUGAAUGCAAUCGUAAGCAUUGGAAAUAUGGCUUUGAGAACUCAAAAUGGAUAUUUUCAUGUGGGAAUACGAAACAUUAUUAACUGUUGGAACUCGCGUUUUUCUACCGACAGGAAGAAUAGGCUUAGCCGUUUCUAUACGUCAUUACAAGGGGCGCCAAAUAUAAAUAACAGAAGUUUGUUUGUAGGUUCACUAGUGUCAGGAAAUAAAUACCAGGUACAAGCAUAUAAAAGUGUUGUGCAGUAUGUACAAAAAGAACACAGAGUAUUGUACAGUGGCUCUACAUCGACAUUAGAAGAAGAAAAAAUACACUCACUGACAGGACCACUAACAAAACUUCAGGCACAAGACUUAAUCAUGCGGUUGACUGGAGAAGAAAGGACGGCACUUCUCACAGCCCUACAGGAGUUUCAGUCAGAGAAAAGAAAAGCUGAAUAUGAAGGUCAGCUGGCUGGUGUGAGGUGGCGGUCAGCGUUUGGUCGUCCCAGCAAACUGCCCUCUCUAGGGGAUGUGGACCCCACUGGAUCUUACUGCACCGUUCCUGACGACUGGCUCGCAAGGAAGUACGUUUCUCUCUACAACGCAGUUCCCUUUGUUGGGUUUGGAUUCCUGGAUAACUUCGUUAUGAUCAUAGCCGGUGACCAGAUUGAGAUGAUGCUUGGUAGUGUCGUGGUGGUGUCCACAAUGGCUGCCGCUGCCUUAGGAAACACAAUUUCAGACGUAAUGGGCAUAGGUUCAGCCUGGUAUGUUGAGAGACUGGCAAUUCGUGUUGGCAUGCAGACACCAAAGCUAUCCCCAAUUCAGUUGGACAUGCCUACUUCCCGACGUGCUGCCAACAUGGGAAGGGCUCUAGGCGUGACACUCGGCUGUUUACUUGGGAUGACGCCACUCUUGUUUCUUGGGAAGAAGAAAGACGAAUCAAAUGAAGAGUCCACAUGAAGUAGUGUGCAG